CAACCUCUCUCAUCAGUUCUCCAAGCACUGCCCCCUUCCUUCCAUCGCCUCCAUCUCUCGAUGGCAUCCACCAUUUCGAUACCGAAUCCACCUCUCACCUCGCACAAAAUUCGCACUCGCCGGCGUCCCAUCUCCGCCUCGGUCGCCUCCACGUCCACCGUCGCAGCCCGGCCACUGACAUCGACCGCCGCUCCCUCCUCCAUCGCACUUAAAACCACCGCCGCCACGGUGGGUGCCAAGACCCCUCUCGCUUGCAUGUGGAGGGAAAUCCAGGGCGCCGAAGACUGGGACGACCUCGUCCAGCCGCUGCACCCCCUCCUCCGCGAGGAGAUCGUGCGGUACGGCGAGUCCGUCGCCGCGUGCUACAAGGUGUUCGACCUCGACCCCAGCUCCAAGCGCUACCUCAACUGCAAGUACGGCAAGAACAGCAUGCUACGAGAGAUCGGCAUGGCCAGCUCGGGUUACGAGGUCACCAAGUACAUCUACGCCACCCCGGACAUCAGCAUCCCCACCCAGACCGGCACCUGCUGCAGCCGGUGGAUCGGGUACGUCUCCGUCUCCGGCGACGAGGAGGCUCGGAGGCUCGGACGGAGGGACAUCCUGGUGUCCUUCCGUGGGACGGUGACCAACACCGAGUGGAUCGCCAACUUCAUGAGCUCCCUCACCCCCGCGAGACUCGACCCCCAUGACCCCCGCCCCGACGUCAAGGUCGAAUCCGGCUUCCUCAGCCUCUACACAUCGGAUGACAGCAGUUGCAAGUUCAGCAGUGGGAGUUGCAGACAACAGCUACUAUCCGAGGUUUCUCGGAUCGUUAACAAGUAUAAAGAUGAGGAGCUGAGCAUUACUUUGGCCGGACACAGCAUGGGAAGCUCUUUAGCACUUCUACUUGGCUACGACCUCGCCGAGCUUGGAUUAAAUAGGAAUGGAUCCAAUCGAGAGGUGCCCAUCACGGUGUACUCGUUCGGUGGUCCACGGGUGGGCAAUUCGGGCUUCAAGGAGAGGUGCGAAGAGCUCGGAGUGAAGGUAUUGAGAGUGGUUAAUGUCAACGAUCCCGUCACGAAGCUGCCCGGGGUUUUUCUCAAUGAGAAUUGCCGGGUCUUGGCGGGGAGAUUCGAGCUGCCGUGGAGCUGCUCGUGCUAUGCUCAUGUCGGAGUAGAGCUGGCUCUCGACUUCUUUAAGAUGAGGAAUCCUGCAUGCGUUCAUGACUUGGAUGCUUACAUCGGGCUAUUGAAGGGCCCGAAGAUGGCACAGGUUAAGAAGGAUGGGGAGAAUCUUCUCAACAAGGCAAAGAAAUUUCUAAGCUCACAAAAUCUCACCGUGUGGCAGUGGCAAGAUGCCGCAAGGCAUGUUGGUGAUUUGGUGCAAUCGCUGGGAAUAUGAAGCCUGACAAAUUAAAACCAAGGCUUCGUGGCAGAUGAUCCACUGAUCGAUCCUUGUAUAUUUUGACAUACAGAAAACCCAUUCUUUUUUUGGUAGAUAAAAAGAAAACCCAUUCUUUGAUAUUGUUACAUUCUAAAGGAAUUUUUUGUAACCUUUAGAUUGAAGAGAAUAUAUAACA